CCUGAAUCAACUGAGCAUAUAGUUUGAAUCAGUUUGAAUGGAAAAUCAAAUGAAUAAUUGAUAAAUAUUGAAAUAUAAAAGGAGUAGCAGAUAAUCUUUCACCAUGCCAGAGCUGAUAGAGCAGAUGUACUGCUCGCAACAGAUUGUGAUUCCUCCAAAGUUCCCCUACAUCCUGAAGAGAUUCUGUAAAGCCGCUAUAAAGACCCAGCCUUACGAUCUGCUCCGAUGGUCCUACGAAUACUUCACGGCGCUGGCGGAGCGACGGCCCCCGCCUGUGAAACUAAGGUUGGAGUACCCCGUCUUCAGCACCGAGGGCGGACUCACCAGAGGAUGCUUGAAGGUCCUGGCUAAUCAGCUCAUCGGCAUGACAAGUGUACCCCUGACGAAGAUAAAAACAGCCUGGAAGGGUUUCUGCUUGGACUCGCAGGAGCUGAAGAGGAUUCUCUGUCUGUGCGAAGUGUACCUGCGGCAUGACAUGGUGCCCUUCUUGCACUUCAUCGCUGUCGCUGGUGGUCUACUUACUAAGUCGCUGACCCACACCAUGAUCCUGCUGUGCGAGACCCUGACUAAGGAGGCAGACGGUGGCUCCUCAGCGAUACCGGCGGAGGACUUCCUGUUCAUGUACCGUCUGCUGGCUCGCAUGGACGCUUCUAAGAACUGCAAAUACAUCGACGGCUUGCGAGAAGGUGUAGCGUUGCCAGAAGAAAUAGUCGAGGAAGAAACUCUCAAGACUGAGUCCUACCAUGCGGAGGAGGAAUCGAUUGAUGAGUUCUGGCAAGACAACGAGGACCUUCAAAGGUUGGUGGUCAUCAAUGACUCGGUGCCACGGACCUCAAGAUUAAGCGAGAAACUGAACAUGCCGGUGAUAGGCCACAUUGAGAGGUCGCCUUCAGUUGAGCGAGCUGGACAAAUAGAGAGGGAGAACUAUAUGAGAGAACGGAAAGGGGCAGCUCAUCCGAGUGCCGAAAUUGAAGAGAAGAUGCGCGAUCUGAGCAGUACCAGGGUUGCUAAAGAAGAUGUGAAACCCAAACCGGAGAAAGCAGAGAAGAGCGUGAGGGACGUUGAAAUAAUUGUGACCGAUGAAGACGACAAUGAACUGCCUUAUGAGAUAUUUGGUGAGCCUAAGAUUGUAGAAGCAGAAGUUGAAGACGAGGAGAAAAGAGAUGAAGAGCCUGAAGCAGACAAUGAAGAAGAGAAACCGGCUGAAUCUGAAGCUGCGUUUGAUGUCCAGCAGUUUGUGAACAAUUUGUACAAAGACCGGGAAGAGAGACGCGAAGACCUAGAGAAGACAUUCAUGGAGAUAGCCCACAUUGUAGACCGGUUCAAGUCCGCCAACUAUGAUCUUGGCACGGUGGCCGGUAGACAGAUGUCCACCACCAGCGGGGAGUUCAUCGUGCACCACGUGGAGAAAGACAUCAUGGACUAUAUAAACCAGCAGAUCGAGGUGCUGCCGGACCCUGAUCUCAAAAAGAAAAAGGCGAAACCUGAAGAAGUGGCAAUGGUAAGAGAUAUAUUGGUGAAUUUCCUGGAUGAAAACAUGGACGUGAUCAUACCGGAGUUGGAAGAAGCUGAGGAGGAGGAGCAACCCAUACCCGAUAUCGUGAUGGUGUACGCUGUGCCGGGCAUAGGGCCGCCAGUUGACGAAGACAUAUGCGUGGAGUUUGAGAACUACAUCCUGGAGGUCAGCAAGGUACAGGGGGAGAUAGUGAUGCCCAGGAACAUCCGCCACUUCUUGUGUCCUCCAAUGGAAAAAUGUGAAGAGUACCAAUAUGAUGAAGGGAAAAAAGAGGAAGUGCCGAUGGCGGGAGUUAUUACAGAUUAAAACGAAAUACGAAGAAUGUCGACAUAUGCUGUGUUUAUAAUAGUUUGAUGUAUUCUGCAGUAUAACAAGUAGAAGACACACGCAUACGUACACGUAGUGAGUGCGUCACCUGACGGCAAGUGAUCACCUGAUAAAAGAAGCUAUGUUACCGAAUUUUAUUAUUAAUAUGUACAUUGAAUUUGAUUAUUCACCUUUCUCCGUAUCUUUAAUAUAACUAAGGGAUAUUUCAAUAAAAGAUAAUCAACUUUA